UGUCAUCUUAAGCAGCAACUUAGCAAACUAAGAAAGUCAUUGUUCAGUUUCAGAGAAAGUUAAGAGAUUGAGGUGAUGGAAAAGCUAAUUUUAAGUGGUCUAAUAGUUCUUGUGGGGUUACUCACCUCAGAACUUAGACUAGCAUCCGCAGCUUGGAUGCAAGCUCAUGCAACUUUCUAUGGUGGAAGUGAUGCCUCAGGAACUAUGGGGGGUGCAUGUGGCUAUGGAAAUCUCUACACAGAUGGUUAUGGAAUAAAAACUGCUGCAUUGAGCACUGCUUUGUUCAAUGAUGGCAAAUCAUGCGGCGGUUGCUAUCAGAUAGUUUGUGAUGCAAACAAAGCACCCCAAUGGUGCCUCAGGGGCACUUCCAUUACAAUUACUGCCACAAAUUUCUGUCCUCCAAACUUGGCACUCCCUAAUGACAAUGGUGGUUGGUGCAAUCCUCCUAGACCACACUUUGACAUGUCCCAACCUGCUUUUGAGACGAUUGCCAAGUACAGGGCUGGAAUUGUUCCAAUCUUUCACAGAAGAGUACGGUGCAGGAAAAGUGGAGGCAUCAGAUUUACCAUCAAUGGGAGAGACUAUUUUGAGCUAGUGCUUAUAAGCAAUGUAGGUGGAGCUGGAGAGAUCUCCAUGGUUUGGAUCAAAGGGUCCAAAAUGAGUAGCUGGGAAACCAUGUCAAGAAACUGGGGAGUUAACUGGCAAAGCUUAAGCUAUCUCAAUGGUCAGAGCUUGUCCUUCAGAAUCCAACUCCGCAAUGGAAAGACUCGCACAGCUUAUAAUGUGGCACCCUCCAGUUGGAAAUUUGGCCAGUCUUUCACCAGCAAGGUUCAGUUCUGAACAGAAGACUGUGCAAACAUUCUUCAGUAUACUUUUCCACAGUUCCACUUCAUCCUUUCAUAAAUGUAUCCAUAUCGAUCUAGUCAAUUACUGAUUUGUUGUUGAAGGGAUGUGUCAUAUUUGUAUUUUUCAUCCAGCUGGUUGUGGGCUUGUGGCUCAGCAAUUUUAGCAAUUUGCAAGCCCACCAAUUUUAGCAAUUACAAAGUGAUGCUAGUUAAAUAUUUGAAGCUAGCAAGGAUAAAUUUACCUCCUAAUAUGCGAAAUGAUCUAUGUAACUAAUAGUAUUUCCUUUGUCUCA